AUGAUUAAGUUAAAAGACUAAAAGUAGUAUUUUUUGAAGUGCAUUAAAGAAAGAAUAUGGACUUUUAAGGUUUUUAGAGGCGAAGGUGAUGGUGAAGUUGUUUUUAGCUUUGAUAUUUCUCAUAUCUAAUUAGAUUAGAAUGACUAACAUUAGUAGGAAUAGGCAAACUUAGAAAAAAAAAUCAAAACAAUGUUUGUUAUAUAUCACACCAGGCAAACAAAAGAUUGCUUUUUUUUUAGUCUUGUUGAUUACGACUAAUAUGACAUACUUUAUUAGCACUAUCUUUAUGAUAAAAAAAUCUUUUUACCAAAUCUUCAUUAAAAUCCUUCCAAUAUAGAGAGGUUGCUAGAAAGAGACUCACAUAAUCAAGAGAAUUAAUAACUAUUUCUCCACAGCGGAUAAAAAAUAUAAUUUUUAGAUUUGCUAGAAAUCUCUCUUGUAUAAGAAGUAGAAUUGAUUGGAAAUCGCUAAUACAAGAAUGUGAUAAUUUAUAUAUCAAGAUAAAAAUUCAAAGAAAUACUUAAAGAUGAAUCAGCAUUAGACUUAAAAAUAUAGAAAGUAGUUUAAAAGGCUCAAGGAAUAUGGAACGAGUAAAGCAACUAAGAUCUUUUUUCAACAAUCAAGAAUAUUUUAGAUGUGAUUAACAAAGAGUAUAGAGUGGCUAACCAUAACUUCUUUAUAGACAAUAAAAUACGUUAAGACCAGCUCUAUUUAUUUUGGCCGGUUCUUGAUGAAACUGAUUAUUCAAAUCCUUACAUAGAUACUAGAUAGCUUUAAAGUAGAAGUAAGGUUAUAGAUUUAAAGCCAGGCCAUCAUAUUUUCAUUUGGCCAGGUACACUUACUCUCUUUUGCAAUAAUUAAAAGCAUGCAAUAUAUGAGGGUAACAAUAAAGUAGCAGUAUUUAAUUUAUAAAAUGAUGAACAUUACUCAAUAGAAACUUUUACUCUCCAAAAAUUCAAAUAAGAAGAACAGUUUAUAAGUCUCUGUGAAUAUGGUAUCAAAGAAGAAGAUGCUUUCUUCAGAAGAGCUUACACUUAUAGUAAUCAGAAGAGUGAUCAUCCAUUUAAAGUUUUAAUAAAAUCUCAGCUUUUUUAGUCUUUAAAAGAACCUCUUUAGAUACAAAAAGAAAAGCUAGAAGUUGAUUAUUUGCCAAAAAUAUGCAAAACUAGUUUUUACUUUGACUCUAAAGUUAAAAAACUCCAUAGCUUAGUUGAUAAAGUUGUAUCAGCCUUUAAUGAUACAUUUUUUGUUUCACUAGGAAACUGA